AUGGAGCGGGGCCCGGGCGCGCGCCGGGCGCUGGGCCGCCUGCUGGAGGCGGUGCUGGCGAGCCGCGCCGAGGCCAACGCCGUGUUCGACAUCCUGGCGCCGCUGCAGGCCGAGGACGAGGAGGAGAUCCAGGAGGCGGUGCGCGCCUGCAGCCGCCUUUUCGGGGCCUUGCUGGAGCGGGGAGAGCUGUUUGUGGGCCCGCUGCCCCCCGAAGAGACGGUCAUGGCGGGGUCUCAAGGAGCCACGCGCAAGUACAGGGUGUGGAUGAGGCACCGUUACCACAGCUGCUGCGGCCGCCUGGGGGAGCUCCUGUCCCACUCCUCUUUCCAGGUCAAGGAGCUGGCUUUCGGGACACUCAUGAAGUUUGUGCAGCUGGAAGGGGUGCACCCCCUCGAGAAACCCAAGUGGGAAGGCCAAUAUCUGUUCCCCCGUCUGCUCUUCAAGAUGGUGGUGGGAGGCCUGCUCUCGCCGGAGGAGGACUGCUCGCUGCUCCUGUCGCAGUUCCGGGAGUACCUGGAACACGAUGACGUCCGCUACCACACCAUGCGGGCUGCCGCGGAGGUCGUGGCCCGGGUCACUGACGGGCACCCCGAGGUGCCGCUCCCCUUCUGGAACAACACCUUCGCUCUGCUCUCUGCCGUGAGCCUGCCCCGCCAGGACAGCGCCGUCUCCAACUUCUACGUGCAGCGACCAGAGCUGUCCGACAAAUGGAAGGUCGUCCACCUGAAGGAGCACAGGAAGGCCUUCCAGCACAUGUGGCUCAGCUUUCUCCAGCACAAGCUGCCCCUCAGCCUCUACAAGAAGGUGCUGGUGAUCUUGCAUGACACCAUCCUGCCAUACCUGGCCCAGCCCAGCAUCAUGAUCGACUUCCUCACCCGGGCCUACGACCUGGGGGGGGCUCUCAGCCUCUUGGCCUUGAAUGGACUGUUCAUCCUGAUCCAUAAGCACAACCUGGAGUACCCUGACUUUUACCGCAAGCUCUAUGGUCUUUUGGACCCGUCUAUCUUCCAUGUCAAGUACCGGGCCCGCUUCUUCCACUUGGCUGACCUCUUCCUGUCGUCCUCCCACCUGCCGGCCUACCUGGUUGCUGCCUUCGCCAAGCGCCUGGCCCGCCUGGCCCUGACGGCACCCCCCGAAGCCCUGCUCAUGGUCCUGCCCUUCGUCUGCAACCUGCUGCGCAGACACCCGGCCUGCCGCGUGCUGGUCCACCGCCCACAGGGCCCUGAGCUGGACGCUGACCCCUACGACCCUGGAGAGGAGGACCCCGCCAAGAGCCGAGCCCUGGAGAGCUCCCUGUGGGAGCUACAGGCCCUCCAGCACCACUACUACCCCGAGGUGUCCAAGGCCGCCAGCGUCAUCAACCAGGCCCUGUCAGUGCCCGAGGUCCCCAUCGCACCGCUCCUGGAGCUCACGGCCUUUGAGCUCUUCGAGCAGGACCUGAAGAAGAAGGGCCCGGAGUCGGUGCCCCUGGAGUUCAUACCGGCCCAAGGCCUCCUGGGCGGGCGGGACGGCCUCUGCGCCCAGCACUUCACGCUCAGCUGACCCCGGCACCUGUCCCACCACAAUAAACAAUUUUGUGGGAGACUGACUCUUUCUGG